CCUUUACCUCCCAAGGGAGAAAGAAACCCUAGUCCUCUCACGGUUAAAAAAUCAGAAGGAAAAAUAAAAAAUAAACAGAAAAAUAAAAAAUCAAAAUUAUUGGGAAUUUCAAUUUCAGGGAUCCUAUUAGGGUUUCUAAUAGGCAAGAUAUUCUCAAACCCUAAUCCGUCAAUUCGCGCCCGUGAUCUUCGAUUUCUGUGGGACGAUUCGAUUGGUGUCAUUUCGGUUGAGAUCCAAGACAAUGUGCAAAUAUGUAUGAUGGAAUGUGAAAAUUAGGGGAAUUUUGCUUUCAUCGUUUGUACUGUUAAUUUUUCAUGGAAGGCCGAGUAGAGAACUCUAAUGGCGCUACAAUUCCCAAGAAAUCAAGAUCUCUGGAUCUUAAAAAUCUAUAUAAAUCAAAAUUGACAGAAGAGACUGCAAAAAAGUAUUUAAAGAGGAUUAGCAGUAGUAGUGGGGGUGGUGAUGAGAAGAGGAAGAAAAAGAAGGCUAGAAAGGAAGUCUCUUUAAGUAACUUAGAAAAUGGUGAUGGUAGCAGUGAGUUAAAGUUAGGUGUGAGUCAGAUAUUGAGUAAUGAUAGUAUGCUCUAUAGAGUUUCAUUUAGUGUUGGUGGCGCUGAUGUUCAGAUUCCCAAGAGGAAGAGGAGUUUUGUGGGGAGGAAGAAAUCAGAACUUGGUCAAACAUCAAAUCUGGUGGAGCAGCCCAGUCGUAACAUUGGCUAUGGUGAUCAGGUGCCAAAUUUAGGUAGUGAUGAUUUGGGAAAGGGGGUUGAGUCUUUUAAGAUUAAGCAUAAGAAAGAAUUUGAUGAAUUUAAGGAAAAUAGGAAUAGUGAUUCAAAUUCAGUUCAGCAUUUUAAAGAGAAUGGGGAUCGGGCAUCUCAUUCUGUUGUAAAUAGUGGUGAUUCUUCUUUAACAAAGUCACGAAGGAAGAAUAGGAAGCGAAAGACUUUGGCUUUUGAGAGAAGUAAGGUUUCCAAGGAGGCUGAACCUUUGGUUUCAAGUUGUAAAAUAUCUGAUGAUUUGCAAGAUGAGGAGGAAAAUCUGGAGGAGAAUGCAGCUAGGAUGCUAUCUUCAAGGUUUGAUCCAAGCUGUACUGGAUUUUCUAACAAAGGUUCAAAUGGUUUGUUCUUUUUCCAAUCAUCUUGUCAAAGUAUUGUUAACCAUGGUUUAAAGUCCCAGUCAGGUUCUGAAUCAGCAUCAGCUGAUACUGAUGGCAGGGUUUUGAGGCCUAGGAAACAAUAUAAAAACAAAGGUAAUUCCAGGAAGAGGCGCCAUUUUUAUGAAAUUCUUUUAGGUGAUGUGAAUGCAUAUUGGGUACUGAACCGGAGAAUUAAAAUUUUUUGGCCUUUGGACCAGAGUUGGUAUCAUGGCCUUGUGGAUGACUAUGAUGAAGGAAACAAGUAUUACCAUAUCAAAUAUGAUGAUCGAGAUGAAGAAUGGGUUAAUCUCCAUACUGAGAGGUUCAAACUCUUGUUACUUCGUAGUGAAGUUCCUGGAAUUGCAAAGGGUGGAGGAGCCUUCAUGAAACGUAGAAGUUCUGAUCACCAAAAGAAAAGCAAAUUCAGAAAAGAAAGACAAAGAACAGAAGAAAAUACAGAGGAUGAUCGUUGUGGUGGGAGCAGUAUGGACUCAGAACCUAUAAUUUCGUGGUUGGCUCGAUCUUCUCAUCGGCUUGGAUCUUCUUUUCAAGGCAGCAAGAAACAAAAAACUUCUGUUGCACCUUUAUCAUUCUUAUAUGACGAACCUGUUACAGCAAAGGGAUAUUUAGCUAAGAGUUCUUCAAGGGGUGUUAAAAACAAUUUGUCUGGUGGUUCUGUAUCACAAGAUAAAUUGAGUGAUGGUUUUAGGGAGAAGUCCUCAUUACAGAGCACCACUUGCAUUAAAGAUGGAAAGCAACCUAUUGUCUAUUUCAGAAGGCGGAUUCGAAAGCCAGCUCCAAUAUCCCCUCAUAUCUCUGAAGAAAACCAUGCUAUUAUAAGUGCAUCUGGUUCUGUUUCCUAUGACCAUAUGUUUGGUGGUGUUGAGAAUAUGAAAGACCAAAGCGACAGCAGGGUUGAGAUUGAGGGUCCAUUGUUCUUCACUUUCAAGGCGGGAGUAUCAAAACUUUUUUGGGACAUGGAGUCAGUAUCAUUCAAAUUUCACUUAAACUUUCCAACACGUUUGGUGUUGACCGACUAUUUUCAAUCUGAAAAUUUGUGGUUGCUUUAUACUGUUUUGCUGCUUCAGUAUGGUACAAUUAUGACCAAGUGGCCAAGGGUUUGUUUGGAGAUGCUAUUUGUUGAUAAUGUGGUUGGGUUGAGGUUUCUAUUAUUUGAAGGCUGCUUGAACAUGGCUGCAGCCUUUGUCUUUUAUGUCCUUAGGGUAUUUCAUCAACCUGCUCGUCAAGGGAAGUAUGUUGACUUUCAGUUUCCAAGUACAUCUAUUGGAUUCAAGUUUUCUAGUGUUCAUGUUUUUAAGAAGCCACUUGUGUUCGAGUUCUACAAUUUCUUUGAAGUCAAGAAUUCAAAGUGGAUGUGCUUAGAUUCUAAGUUUAAGAGGCACUGCCUGUUCAGCAAGCAGCUUCAUCUUUCUGAAUGCACAUAUGAUAACAUCCAGGCACUUCAAAAUGAAUCAAGUGGGUUUUCCAUUACAUCUAUCAGUGGUUCCUCCUCAGUCAAGGUGCAAAAGAGGAGUAGGCAAGGGAUUAACAUCAUGGGUGUUUCCAAGUUGUCCACUCAAGCUGAUACUCAUCAGUAUUUUGAUGCUGGUGAGAGGGAACUUCCUCCAUUUGCUCUCUCUUUUGCUGCAGCACCUACAUUUUUUCUUUGUUUGCAUCUAAAGUUGCUGUUGGAGCAGUCUGCAACUCGUGUAAACUUUUAUGAUCAGGAAGACCCUAGUUUGAUGGCAGAUGGAUGCACUAGCACCAAUGAAUGCUCAAACAGGAAUUCCGAAAUUAUUCUGAGGAAAGAUAUGGAGAUUUUGUCAAAUGGUGUUGCAACUGAUGGAAGGUCUUGUGCUGACUCAGAUUGUCCCUCAACUUUCAGUGAUCAAAUUCUCUCUCAAAAUUACAAGAACAUUGGUCUUAACAGUGCUGGUAUUUCUAUUUCCCAUGGUUCUGAGAGGCUUGGUACAACUCACUUACUCGAAUGGCAAUCCCACCAUUUGGGACAAGAAUUAGGCUCUUUACCUUCAAGUUCUAUAAUAAGUCAAGAUAAGGCUGAUGAUGGUUCUCAUUCUUUUAUUUGUGAUCUCAGUAUCCAAAUUCCAGCUGUUGAUCAAUUUGAGAAAACUGGUGAUGGUGAUUUAUGUGAUACAAAACACUCUCCUGAUUUCUCUUGUAAUAUAAAUGGAGGCAUUAUUCCAAGAUCCAAUCCAACUGCUCGCAGAAGUUCUUGGUAUCGGAACCGGAAUAGUUCCUUGUCAUUGGGAUUUCAGUCUCAUGCGUGGUCUGAAGAUUUUAGCAAUGGACCUAGAAAACCACGUACACAAGUAUCAUACUCUGUGCCUUCUGCAGGCUAUGAAUUCAGUUCAAGGCAGAAAAACCUUCACCAGAAAGGGCUUCCUCACAAACGAAUUAGAAAGGCUAGUGAGAAGAAGUCAUCAGAGGUUGCUAGGGGCCUUGAAAAACAUUUCGAAUGCUUAUCUUGUGGUGCAAAUGUCUUGAUUACUCUUGGUGAUAAGGGUUGGAGAGAAUCUGGGGCUCACGUUGUACUAGAGUUGUUUGACAACAAUGAGUGGAGACUUUCUGUGAAACUUUUAGGAAUUACUAGGUAUUCAUACAAAGCCCAUCAGUUUUUGCAGCCUGGAUCAACAAAUCGAUACACACAUGCAAUGAUGUGGAAAGGAGGGAAGGAUUGGAUCUUGGAAUUUCCUGAUAGGAGUCAGUGGGCCCUUUUCAAGGAGAUGCAUGAAGAAUGCUACAACCGGAACAUCCGUGCUGCAUCAGUUAAAAACAUACCUAUUCCUGGUGUUCAUUUGAUAGAAGAAAAUGAUGAUAAUGGAUGUGAGGCAACUUUUGUUCGAAGUGGUAAGUACUUCCAACAGGUUGAAACAGAUGUUGAGAUGGCCUUGGAUCCAUUCCGCGUUCUGUAUGACAUGGACAGUGAGGAUGAGCAGUGGGUUUCAAAUGCUCAAAAUUCUCAAAAAGACAACAGUGACUUGAGUUGGAUUUCAGAGGAGAUGUUUGAGAAGACAAUAGACAUGUUUGAAAAGGUGGCAUAUGCUAAGAAGCGUGACCAUUUUACUCCUAAUGAGAUAGAGGAACUCAUGGUUAAUGUUGGGCCUUUGUGUGUUGUCAAAAUCAUUUAUGACUAUUGGCAGCAGAGAAGGCAGAAGAAGGGAAUGGCAUUAAUACGGCACUUUCAGCCCCCACUCUGGGAAAUAUAUCAAAAACAAGUGAGAGAGUGGGAAAUAGCCAUGACCAAGAACACUGCUCCUUCUAAUGGAUUCCUGGACAAGGUUACAACUUUGGAGAAGCCGGCCAUGUUUGCUUUCUGUUUGAAACCUAGGGGUCUGGAAUCACUUAACAAGGGAUUGAAACACCGGUCCCAAAAGAAGAUUUCAGUCUCUGGGCAAGCAAAUAGUAAUCCAGAUCAUGAUGGGUUUCACACUUUCAGACGAAGACAGAAUGCCUUGGCUUUUGGCGAUGAGAAGUUCCUAUACCAGGGCCACGGUUAUGAUUCUUUUGAUGAUUCAUCUAUGGCUAUGAACUCACCAAGGGUUUACUUACCCCGUGAUGCUGGGAACUUGAAAUACCAUCCUACAAGUAAUGGAGUGGGAUGUAGAAAUCAUAUCCCAAAAUUUCAGGAGUCCAGAUACGAUCUGCAUGGCAACGGGCAUCACCUUCCUGCUGUCCCUAAGAGGCAAGGUAAUGAACAGUUGGAAGCUUCAGUCCUUGAGGAGUUAAGGCUGCGUGAUGCAGUGGCUGAGGCUCAUCAUAAACGUCAUCUGGCUAACUUGAAGAAAGAGAGGGCUAAAAGAUUGCUGUAUAAAGCAGAUGUAGCAAUUCACAAGGCUGUGACUGCUCUAAUGACUGCAGAAGCAAUGAAAGCUUCUGAGGAGUCUCUUGAUGAAACGAAAGCUUCAGAGGACUAAUCUUGUAAUUCACAUGGUCUAUGAUUUACUUGGUCAAGAAUUGUGGUCCUUUUUUUUUUUGGCUAUCCAGGUAUUCAAUAGAGCUUAAAUCAUGAGUUGGGUUCAGUGAGGGAUGGAGAUUCUGUUGUUGCAUACUGCAGCUCCCUCUCUGUCUACUGGAACCUCUUCCAGCUUGGGAUCUGCUCAGUUCAGAGUAACUGUAGCACUGAUCUGCACAUGGUGUAUAGGUCUAUGAAUUUUUGACUGCCUAUAUUUGUACAGAUUCGCUCCCCCCUUCUCAGUUUCAAACAUUCAAUAUCAAAAUAGAAAUAGGUCAAAUAAUACAACUUUGAAAUGGAGAUAGUCAUGUUUCUUUCAUAAUUUAGGUAAAA